AUGUUCGGACUGUUCCUUCUUGGCAUCGCUAGCUUGUGUGCUCCUGCAUUCGCAAAUGUGAUUCCGAAGGCAGUGGAGAAGCGUGCUGUCGCUUACUACGAUCCUUAUGAUGGCGGCGGCUCCAUGUUCGACAAUGCCGAUGACGGUUAUGGAGAACCUCUCAAUGUGAUCGUAUCAGGGUUAAGCUCAGCCGAGGUGCUGAACGAGGCUGGAAUUCUCAAUUACGCCCGCGCAAUUGGAUUCUCAGAGGAGUGUCUUGGCAUCCACCUCGGAGAUCCUUUCUCUGCGAAUCUUGGUGAUGGAAACGGCUGGGUGAACCAGACCAUCGAAAUUCGCGAAGAUUACGGUGAUCCUUCCCUAGGCACUUGCCUUGAGAGUCUCAUUGGAGGCAACCACUUUCGUGUGUUCAUCCAAAAUGGAACGGAGGCCGAUAGCGGUGCUCUAUUUUUAGCCGUCUCGACUGAAGAAGAUGCCUCCGAAGACCACACUAUUGCACCAAACGGAUACGAUGCAGGACGGGACGCGCUGGUUGCUGGAGCUAUCGGUACCACUAGUUAUGGUGGUGUAACGUACAGUACCGUCGCCGAGAACAUCACUGGCCUAAUGCCAGCCGGUACCACAGGUGUUAAUCAUGAUAUUUAUGUUGAUGGAAUUGUCACCCUCCUCACGGUUACGGUUGAAUGA